AUGGCUGACAACGGUCCCCCCACGACUUCUGGCCAACUGCCUCCUCCUCCGCAGCCCAACGCGGGCGCACCUGGCUACGAGAAUGGUCAGAACGCCGGCUCUGGCCCGUCGCACUUGCCCCCGCCACCUCUCCAUAUUCCCCAGAACACGAACCCGAUUCCAACCGCUAUCACCUCGCCCAUGGGUGCGGGCGGCGACAAGAGCGGCAUGAUGUCGCCCGGCAGCGGUGGUCCUUUCGGCCGCCGUGCUGCUCCGGAGCCGAACAAGCGUGCGCUGUAUGUUGGAGGCUUGGACCCUCGCGUCACCGAAGACGUCUUGCGCCAGAUCUUCGAGACUACGGGGCAUGUUCAGAGUGUCAAGAUCAUUCCGGACAAGAACGCCAAGGGCUACAACUACGGCUUCGUUGAGUACGACGACCCCGGUGCUGCCGAGCGCGCCAUGCAGACUCUGAACGGCCGCCGUGUUCACCAGUCGGAAAUCCGCGUCAACUGGGCCUACCAGUCGAACAACACCAACAAGGAGGACACUUCCAACCACUUCCACAUCUUCGUCGGCGAUCUCUCCAACGAGGUGAAUGAUGAGGUCCUCCUCCAGGCCUUCUCCGCCUUUGGCUCCGUCUCUGAGGCUCGCGUCAUGUGGGACAUGAAGACUGGUCGCUCUCGCGGUUAUGGCUUCGUGGCGUUCCGCGAGCGUCCGGAUGCCGAGAAGGCGCUGAGCUCCAUGGACGGCGAGUGGCUCGGCUCCCGCGCCAUUCGCUGCAAUUGGGCCAAUCAAAAAGGACAGCCGUCCAUGGCCCAGCAGCAGGCCAUGCAGCAAAUGGGCAUGACCCCGACCACCCCGUACGGUCAUCACCAUUUCCCUACCCAUGGCGUCCACAGCUACGAUAUGAUCGUCAACCAGACCCCGGCUUGGCAGACGACCUGUUACGUUGGCAACCUGACCCCGUACACGACCCAGAACGAUAUCGUUCCGCUGUUCCAGAACUUCGGUUUUGUCGUCGAGUCUCGCUUCCAGGCCGAUCGUGGCUUCGCUUUCGUCAAGAUGGAUACACAUGAGAACGCUGCCAUGGCCAUCUGCCAGCUGAACGGCUACAAUGUGAAUGGCCGCCCGCUCAAGUGUAGCUGGGGCAAGGACAAGACGCCGAGCCAUCCGCAGCACUUUGACCCCAACCAGCAAUACAGCCCUCAGAGCGCGCAGACCCCUGGCUAUCCCGGCACUCCCUCAACUUAUUUCAACCAGUACGGUGGUAGGUAUUCCCGCGAGGCUGUUGCUCCGAGCGCGGAUAUUAACGCUCCCGUAGGUUCUUACGCUCCGAGCCAGCAGCCGGGCUACGGUGGCCCUCAGGCUCAGUCGCCUGCCGGCUACGGUGCCCAGCCCAUGGGCUACAGCCCCGGCCCGCCGAGCGCCGGCGGCUACGGCCGUGGUCAGCAGUCCAACGCGCAGUGGAACCAGCCUCCCCCGGGCCAGAACUUCAACAACGGCUUUUCUGCUUACCAGGGUUAG